AUGUCGCCCUUGUGCGCACGAGGGGAAGAUACCGACGACACGACACCCUGCGAGGACGACCUACUGUACACUAUGUCAUCUAGUAGUGCCGCGGGUACUCUGCGUUCGCGGGUACUCAAGCGGAAGCAUCUGCAUGCUGAGACGGCCACGAGGCCUAUCUCGACCGUUCCUGGAGUACUCGGGGCUGGUGAAACUGAAACAGAGGGGGAAGAAGCGCCUCGAGAUCUCCCUACAGCUCGCAUUACACAUUCUGCUCUGACAACAUUCGCAUCCUCUGAUCUUCCGACAUGGUUCAUUCCCCUCAUCUUCUUCCUCGCACGCUUUCUCUCCAUUGUACCUGCUAUCUUUGGUACGCUCUGGAACUUGUAUCAUGUUAUCUGCCCCCCCGGUGGAUCAGGGCCUGACGCGCUGUCUUGGCGCGUCGAUUACUUCAUUAGUGUUCUCUGGCUCACGACAGGCCUACUCAAGAGAUGGCGAGUGUACUAUUCCCCGCUCCCGACGCUCAUACGUCUCUUUGCACUCCAAACCAUAUGCUGGCCCGCGACCCACUUUACGCUCGCACUCCUCAACCAUGAGAAGCGCCCGGCGUUGUGUUGGGCAGUCAUCGGUUCCACGACGUGCUACAGCCGGAGCAUCCAACUCUGGGUGACAUCGAACAUUGGUCCGGCGCCAGCACCAGCGCCCAGACGCGUUACGCGCGGAAGGUCUUCCCUGCUCCAGUCCGUGCUCGCCAGUGCAGGCGGCAUGCGAGAGGAGUGGAUGAAGCUCCGGCGGCGGCGUUGGGAUUGGGGCGAAGUGGGGAGGAAAUGCGUCCUUCCCGCCGGUAUUGUGUAUUUCGUCAUGGCGUGGACAGAGAUGCUCAGAAAGGAGUGGGAGCGGGCGGCUCGCUAG